AUGUCGACUUUUGAAUUCACAGUGCUAGGUGCCUCCGGAGGUCCAUCUGAGGGGGGAACUCAAAGCAUGCUUUUGAGAGAACAUGGUACUUUAGGCUCGGAAAAGUGGAUUUGCGUAGACGCUGGCUCAGGACUGCAUCAGCUAAUGUCUAUGUUGGCAAAGAAACAAAGACUUGCAGCCAAUGAAAGAGAUAGUUGCAUGGGUGAUAGAAUCGAGAGCCUAUAUAGAAACAUGGAGGAGCCAUUAAGCGCUUUCAUAGAUCGAAGACUUCACGUUUUAAGGGGGCUGAACAGUUCCGAGUUGCUGGUCAGCGAGGAUAACAUCAUAUGUGCGGCGCUUAAGAUGUUCAAUAAAAUACGAGAGUAUUAUAUUACACAUCCACAUCUGGAUCAUGUGGCCGCAUUAGUGAUAAACAGCCCAGCCGUAAAAGCAGAAGGCAAGACAAUACUUGGGCUGAAGUCCACUGUUGAUGCAUUAAAAGAGCAUCUUUUUAACGACGUCAUAUGGCCAGAUUUAUUGGCGGAAAAAAGUACACCUCUGGACUUCAAUGUCUUGAGGGAGCUUAAAGUGCACAAGUGUGUUUCGGUACCAAAUUGGAGUAUUCUCCCCUUUCCUGUGAGUCAUGGACAAACUGUAGUCGGACGGGUACCGAACUUCAGUACCGUGUAUCUAAUAAAAGACCAAAGGACUGAUAACUGUUUACUUGUAUGUGGAGAUCUAGAAUCAGAUCUCAUAUCUGGUAAACCUUAUCUUUCAAAUGUUUGGAACUAUUUGUCUGAGAAUAUACCAUUUAAUCGGAUCACAGGUAUUGUCAUGGAGUGUUCCUCUCCAAGUAGCACUGAAAAAGCACAUUUAUAUGGGCAUAUGUCCUCGAGAUAUGUUGUACAUGAAUUGAAGCAGCUGAGUAAGGCAUAUGACCGCCCAUUGGACGGGUUGAAAGUGAUUAUUAUCCACGUUAAGAUGGAGCCUCAGGAAAUUGAUCCCAGACUGACGAUUCUUGAAGAACUCAGAUCUCUGGCUUCGAUGGCAGGCAUUGGAGACAUAAUAUUUUCAAUAGCUAUACAGGGAUAUACAUUCAUCCUCUGA